AUGCCUGAGUUUGUUUUUGCUGCUGGGGUGGGUGGUUCCCUUAAAGAUGGCCCUAUUGCUGGUGAGAAAAGAGCUCGUACCCAGGAGAUGGUGGAUGUUGGCGGAUUGGAAUCGGACGAGCCGUCUCCCCCUCUUCCUCCAAUCCCAAUGAGUUUUAAGGAUAAAGUUUAUGGGGAUUUUGGUAUUGUGGAGGACCAAAUGGUGAUUAGUGAUGAUGAUGUUGUAAUUAAGCAAGGAGCAAUUCCUUCAAUCCAAUUCUCAGGCAAAGUAAAGAGCUCGCUAUAUCAGCCUUGGCGUUCUGCUAUAAUUAUUAAGCUCAUGGGUCGUCCUCUGGCUUACACCUUUCUCAGAUCUCGUCUUCUUCACAGAUGGGCAAUUAAGGGUCCAAUGAGCUUAAUUGAUCUAGAGAAUAACUAUUUCAUUGUGAAGUUCUUGUAUGAGGAAGAUAUGAGAUAUAAGGAGAAGAUCACCCAUAUGACUGCUUGGGUUCAAAUUAAUGGGCUGAAUGUUGAAUAUUUUCGUGCUGAUGUUAUGGAAAAAAUUGGAAAUCUUGUUGGUGCUACGGUCAAGGUGGAUGCUCAUACUCUUAGUCAAGCCCGUGGUAAGUUUGCUCGAAUUUGUGUAGAACUUGAUUUGGCUAAGCCUCUUACCCCAUUCAUUGAGAUUGAAGGCCUCAAACAGCAGGUUCCAGAGUCAGAUAAUGUUGAUGGUAUGGAGGAUAUUUCUGAUGUCCAGGUCGAUGUGAAUUCUGAUACUGCUGUAAAGGAGGUUGAGGUUCCAGCAAAAAUGCACGGGGAAUGGAUGUUGUUGAAGCCAAGGAAUUUUAGGAAGAAGAGCAUGAAUGAUAUAGGGAAGGGUUCUGAGCUUAGCAAGAGGAAUACAAAUGAUGCUGGUACUAAAGUUGUUAGUCCUGUCUUUAGCUCUCGUUUUAAUGUGUUGACUGAGGAGGUUGGUAGAGAAGAGGAUAUGGAGGGAUCUACUCCUGUUAAGAAUAGUGGUUCUACUUCUAAAAGACAGGGUUUUUCUGCUAAUACUUAUUCUGCUAAGGUAAAAAGUGCUGGGGUGAAAUCUUCUUCCUCUCGUGACUCUGGCACAUGGGUGUUUAAAAAACCUCUUAAGGACAUUACCAAUUCCGUGGUAGCUACUUCUGGUGGUGGUGGUGUUAAAAAUGAUUCUGUUUUAAGAAGGCCUUGGAAGAAUAGAGCUGGGGCUAAACCUUUCUCUUGUAAUGAUAUUGAACAUGUGGGGCUGCAAGUCAAUGGCUCUGAUGUUCAAGAUGAUGUUCGAGAUAAGUUUUCUUUUAAUUUGGGUGGCUCUCUUUUUCCAAAGUUGCCUUUGGAUAAGGGAGGCUUAUUUUUUGGUCAUGAACCUCCUGAUAUCAAUGAGUUUGAGCCUUCUGAUGCGAGUGAUAUGGAUCAUCAGGGUAAUUUCGCUGAAAAUUGUGAGUCUGAUACUGGACUGGAAGCUGAUAGCUCUUUUGAGCUUGAUGGUUUUGAAGCUGUUGAGGUUGAGCAUGUGCAGAUUUGGGAUCUGAAAAAGGCUUAUGCCAUUGAUGUGUUUGCUGUUCUCGAGCCUCAAAUAAGUGGCCCUAGGGCUCUCAAUGUUGCCCAAAGUUUGGGUUUUUCUCAUUACCAUAUUGUUGAUGCUUCUGGUUUUUCUAGGGGUGUUUGGUUGUUGUGGAAUGGGAAUUCGGUUUCUCUCCAAGUUGUUGCGCACUCUAGCCAAUCUAUCACUGCGAUAAUAACAUUGAGGAAUCAUAGGUGGCUCCUUACUGUUGUUUAUGCAAACCCUUGCUUUGGGAUUCGAGAAGCUUUGUGGAAGUACUUUGAUGGUCUUAUUGAAGUUUCCAAUCUGCCUUGGCUUGUUCUAGAUCAAGGUGGUAAAAGGUUUGUUGAGUGGAUUGAUCGUAACCAUUUGGUUGACUUGGGUUUCUCUGGGGCAAAGUUUACUUGGUGUAAUAAACGGAAUGCUGACGGAAUUAUUUGGAAGAGGCUUGAUAGGGGUCUUUGUAGUAUUGAUUGGCGUCUAUUGUUCCCUGAGGCUCACCUCCUGCAUCUUCCUAGGGUGAACUCAGAUCACUGUCCUAUUUUGGUGUGCCUUGACUCCCAACAUUAUCCUUAUAAAGCAAAUGUGCCUUUUUGUUUUCAAGCCAUGUGGAUGUCUCAUCCUGAUUUUAAGGAAUUUGUUACGAACCUUUGGGGCUCUGGUGAUGGUCAUGUUUUUGGGUGUUUAUUUACAAAGAAAAGGCGACUGUUAGCUAGACUUGCAGGAAUUCAAAAAAAACUUUGUCAUGAGCAUAAUCCUUUCCUUAGUGAGUUUGAGGUUGAGCUUACUAAAGAUUACAAUUUACUGCUGGAUUAA